AUGUCGACCUCUACAAUGGCUAAAACCUGGGACGACGACGACCGUCCGUCAACAAACUCCUCCAACGAGUACCCAGAACAUGCCGCACAUAUCCGAUCCAGGUCCAUUGCCCUCGCUAAUAGCCCCAAACGGAUCUCCGUCUUUCGUGGUCGUUCAAGAAGCAAUACCACCACCUCGACUUCUUCACGCCGCUCACCGGGUUCCUCUAUGACCUCGACAGAUAGUUCAAUUGCAUCUGACGAGCGAGCCGUCUCGUCAUUAGGGCUUCGCUCCGAUAAGCAGGACAAGUCGUCCCGGUCCUUUUUGGCGCGGGGAAGCCGCAUCCUGCGCCGACAGGGUAGCAAGAUCAACAUUGUCGCCACGCUGGACGAGGAAGAUGAGGUCGAUCGUGAGAAGGCUAGGCCCGAGAGAGAGAUAUUCGGCCGUCGUGCCCGCCAGACCGAUCACAGCGAGCGCUUGAAAAGCAUCAUCUCUGAUCCUUUUGACUUCCACCAUUUGACUCAUACCAACCCCUCGCAGUUCCAGUCUUUGGAUCAAACCCGUGAGAAUGACCUCGUCACGGAGUUCUCGGCCAUCCGAGCAUCUCAACGCCCCCAGACCGGUCUGAAAGGCAUCCGCGCCGAGGACAUUCAUUUCCGCAAUUUCUCCAGUGAUGACCUGCGUGCGCUUGGAACCGCUACCACGGUUGAUGUGCCUAGUGUAAGCCCACCGGCCUCUCCAAAAGCACACCGGCACCACACACGCCGAGAAUCCCGCAUCAACGAGAACUUCUCUCGGCCAGUCUCCAGAUAUCCCCGGUCCUGCCCCACCACUCCCCCACCUCCUCUUGUGCCAGAGAACCCCCCACCGGAGACUGAUGAGCCCGCACCCCGUGCCAUUGAUGAGAUCCUGGGCUUGUCGACUGCGAUGACGUACCCCGACCUCCAAUCAGUGCAGCCAACCCGGUUUUUCAGCCCCGAACCCACAGAGGAUGGCGCCAGGACCUCGUCCAUGAGCAGCCACUAUGAUCUGGAAGAUGUCCCCGAGGAAGAGGAAGGAACCCGGUACUGGGACAGCUCUGAGUCCAGCGUGGGCUGCCCCCAUUCUCGCUCAACUUCUCAAACCAGCCCACCUCGAACCGAUGCUCAGUCACCCAGCACCAGCGAGCGCAAAGCUCCAUUGUCAAUCUACGUGGCCGAGGAGCUCUCCAGGAAGUUCUCUGAGGCCCUGGGCUCGCCAACUCUCCCGCAAUAUCUUCAGGACACCCCUCGCGCCCAGGUGGAGCCGAUCGCCAGCCUGCACUUCUCAUACGAGGAUGAACUGUAUGACUCGUGGGACGCAGACAUCGACUACUGCUAUGAGCACGCAGCCGAGUCCACCUCCAACUUCGAUUGGUCUCGCACAUCCCUGGACGAAGCACGCCCUCAAGUUGGUGUAGCCUGCAGCGAGGGCCCCUGGCUCGCCCCAAGAACCCGACAGCUCCAGCCGAGCCCACUGAGCACCUCCGCCCUACCAACCCCAGACCUGACUCCCAGUCCAGCCCAGUCGAUGCCCUCCCACUCAGCCGCCACCCCCUCAACUACAGACUUUGAGCAGGAGUUCAUUGCGCGGGGCGCAGACUAUUUCCAUCCCGUCAGUUCCUCGAUCCUCCCAUCAAUGGGCAAACACCUCUCCCAAGAACCAUUGUACGAGGAGUACAUGACGACUGAUGGCGAAUCAGACCGCCAUUUCCCCUUCUCGCAGGGCAUGAUGGGCCCCAUCUCCCCACGCAACAGCUUCUCCCCGAUUAGCAAGUGCAACUCACAGGAGAGCCUGAUGCUCUCCCGCGCAGCCUCCAUCGUGCGCAAGCACCGCUCCUCCGUCUCAACGACAACCAGCGUCCCAGAGCUCAUCUAUAGCUUGUCCAGCAGCCGCGAACUCAUGCCAACGGACCGCAUGACAGCUGGUGAGGCACUCACCCGUCCUGCAUCUUCCUCCCACCACCGCCAGACCAAGAGUCUGGCCGAGGCGCACCUCCGACAGAAUGGCAGUAGCACGAGUCUCGAGGGCGCGGAUCUUCCCGUGUCACUUCAUGACCGCGCCAAGUCCACUUCAGAGGUUGAGUCCCAACCCAUGAAAUUCGAGGUUCCUAUGCCUCCUGUUCCUGCCAGAAACCCGAACCGGAGGAAAGCUCGCUCACCCUCUUACUCUCUCUUCCCAACAACCGCUCACUGA